AAAACUUAUCGGACGGUCCAGGUGGCAGACGGGACCGUACCUCCCAGGCCCCAGCAGCCGGGCGACUAAUCCAACAAGCAACCGCAUGCGAUUGACGUGGCAUGCUGUUACUGGACAAGACGCCGUUCAAAAAAUAAGAAUAGCAACGAAAGCGACAAUUACAUCUUACUGGAGCCAGUCAACGGCAAGUAUAGUCCAGUCCCUUUGUCUCUCCCAUGGUCCCCCAGGGGUGACAUCCUGAGAUUCACUGUACAGCCAGAGCCACCCUAGUCCCCGAUGUGUGUGUGUGUGUGUGUGUGUGAGAGAGAGAGAGAGAGAGAGCGAGCGAGCAUGUUUGAGACGACGAUUUUGCUGUUCUAGUUAUUGACGGGGAAUGAGCAAAUGGAGUACGAAAGGAUCGAAAAACCUCAGGGUGGGGGAUUUUCUCCGGGGAAGCUGAGGGCAAUGUUGCUGGGAAUGGAGAAGAAGAGGAAGGAAGAGGAAGAGCCUAAAUCGACCAUUUCUUUGAGAUCUCAGCUCCCUGAGGUCCAUGACAGUGGUGGCAGCUCUUUCGAAAUUUGCAAGGAUGUUGAUGUUGUCAGCAUACUUCCUGAAUGUUCAACUUCUACAAUUGCUGAUGCAGUGGGUUUGGGGAUGGUUAAUGAGCGACCAAAGGAUCACUCUUUAGGCAAUUUGAGGAUUAGAUACCAGGAAGAUUGUACACCACUUGAUUACGAUAGUGGAAAUGAUGGCUUAAGUGUUACAUCCUCUUCAAUUUUUGAGUUUCAGAAGGCAGAAUGGGCCCCACAAAGAGUGCCUCUGUCUCCAUUCUCCAAACCAGCACCUUCGAAGUGGGAUGAUGCACAGAAAUGGAUAGCCAGCCCUACUUCAAAUCGGACAAAGAUGUCUCCGAUGCAUGUUGGGCAAGGGGUAGGAUUGCGAAAGCCAGCUACUCAUGGUUAUGGGAACCGGCAGCCAACUACAAAGGUUGUUGUUCAAGUUCCUGAUCAAAGGUUGGUUGCUCUUGAAGAACCAGAUACUAAACAGAUUGACUUGACCCAAACCAAGAAUGAAAGUGAGGGACAGAAGUUUCUUAGUUGGGAAACUGAUCCAUACCCAAAUGCAGAUUCCUAUGGCAAGCCUGUGCUCAUGAUUGAGAACUCUGUAGGAGAGUCAGCGAUUAAUCUGAGUCAACAUGAUUCAUCUGUAUCAAUCCAUAGUGCCACAACAUUUAUUCCGCCUCCUUCAACAGCUAGAUCUGUAUCAAUGAGAGAUAUGGGCACAGAAAUGACUCCCAUUGCUAGUCAAGAGCCUUCAAGAACUGGAACUCCUGUCAGGGCAACAACGCCCAUGCGCAGCCCAACAUCUUCUAGGCCAUCAACUCCAGGCAGAACUGCUCGAGAUUCAUCUCCUGUGGAUCCUCAUGACCAUCUGGAUCCUAACAGAAAGGAGUUGUCUGAAAAGGAGAUACAAAAGAAAACUAGGAGGGAAAUAAUGGCUCUUGGAACACAGCUGGGUAAGACAAAUAUUGCUGCAUGGGCUAGCAAAGAGGAGGAGGAUAAUGACGCUUCUACUUCACUAAAAACAGUAGCAGCAGAAAAGCCACCUAAAAGUGUCAUUGAGACACGUGCCACAGCUUGGGAGGAGGCAGAAAAAGCCAAGUAUAUGGCCAGGUUCAAACGUGAAGAGAUCAAAAUACAAGCUUGGGAAAAUCAUCAAAAAGCAAAAACGGAAGCUGAGAUGAGGAAAAUUGAGGUAGAGGUGGAAAGGAUAAGGGGCCGCGCCCAUGAUAGGCUGAUGAGCAAGCUAGCAGCAGCGAGGCACAAGGCUGAAGAGAGGCGGGCAGCUGCAGAUGCCACGAGAAACAAGCAAGCCGCAAAAACUGAGCAGCAAGCAGAGUAUAUUCGCCGCACUGGCCGAAUCCCCCCAUCUUUUUCUUGCUGUAGUUGGUGUUCGUGAAAUGCAUACAUUUUGUCCUCUUGCAAUGUGUGGUUUUUACUCUUCCAUUCAUUAUCCCACUUGUAUUCCGUGUUACAAAUUCUUUACUUUUGUAUGGGUGAGUGUGUUGAUAUGUUUCAGUCAUCCUCUGCUUUGAAGAGCAAAGAUGGUUCAUGUAAACGAUUUUAUUCCACAAGUAAAUACGGGAAGGAUAAGGAUAUUUUUU